AUGUGUCUUUUAGCUGAUGCUAAACAUCGAAGUUCGUCAUUAGAUCCUUCAACACAUGCUCGUCGUCGACGUUUACAAAAUCGUAAAAUAGUUUUUAAUCGAUCUCCUGAAUCUGAUAAUGAAAAAGCUCAUUUACCAAUUACAUUAAUCGAUUUAAAUACUGAUAAUAUUACACAAAAUAAUAAAUUGGCGAUCAAUAAUUCUGUUUCACAUUUAUGA